GUAUGGAAGUGAGAGAAGCGACCAAAGCAAUUCAUGCUUUAACGGAAAAUGAAGUUGAUAUAGAUGAGUUUUAUGAUGUGACACAUCUUAACCAUGAGAAAUACUUGAACAAGAAAAAUGAGAAGUACAAUGAGAUGACACUUAUUCAUUGGACAAGAUAUGGCCACAGGAAGUUUUGCCAAGACCUUUGA